UUGUUUUCAUCAUUACGUCAUCGUAAAACAACUUGAAUCUCAGAUUCAUCUUUAGCAGUCACGGUGAAACACUGACGCCUGUAAACGUCUGACGUGUAAGAAAAAUAUUGUGUACCAAAAUAGUUGGAGAUGGCAAAAUCCUGUUGGGAGUGCCUAUUUGGGUAUGAUUUUAAAAACGGGACGCCCGCUGACGAGCCGUAUAGUGUGCAGCUAAACGGGACCGGGAAAGUAACUCGAGCUCCGCCGUGGCCCACGCCACAAUUAAAAAUGGAACGAAUAUUUGUUUUACCAAAACAAUUGGAACCCAAUGACAGAAUUACUGUCAACUGUGAGACAACAAAUCAGCCAAGCUUAUUGAGAAUUGGCUUAGUGAUUGGGUAUAAUUCACCAGAUUACAGCAACCUUGCGUGUCAGUUAGAGAUGUAUUUCCCACCUCAGUACUCUGACAAACUGACUAUAACUAAAGUGAAGGAUAAUUCACCAACUAUUGAAUAUGAAGAUUCAGCUGUAAAUUUCUAUGCAGGUAAAAAUUAUCACUUCCGUAUGCAAUUCAAAAUGAGGGACGAUAGCUCAAUGAUGGAUAUAUACAUAGGAGAUUCCUACUUGCAUACAGUGGAAUUAGUACAUGAGAUGGCGAACAUAAGAUUCCUAACUGUCAACGGAGACGUUAAUAGGGUAUCAGGACUUGAUUUCCAUUUUGGAUAGUGUAAAGUCCUUUAUAUACCAAUAUUUGUUGUAAGAAUCUGUUGUUACACCAUUUGUAUUUGUCUGGAAAUGCUUCAGGCUGUCUGACAUCACAAGUAUUAUGAAUCUGUCCAAUCUAUUUAUAUUUUAUUGAUAUUAAUUUAAUUGUAGCUGUUUACAGAAAUGUAUAUUGUUUUAUAUGGAGAAAAUAAUACAGGAACGAAGAACAAUAGUUGUGUAUACUUGCCGUUGAAGUAUUUAAGUAUGGUAUUUAGAUAUCAUAAAUCCUUACAAUUGUCUAUGAACAAUUAUAUCCUAUUCAAGCAUUUAGAUAUAUUGCAAUUAGUAAGUAGACGUGGAUACUAUUAUGAUAAUGUAUAAUUGACCUUCCUGCAUUGUUAAUUACUAUAUCUUUCCAUUACUAAUGUUCCACUAUUGCCUAUAUUGCAUUUUAUGCAAAUUGGCUAAAAUUAUUAGCAAAACCGCAUUUAUUUAAUGAUGUUUCAAUCUAAUUGGUAAUUUCCUUAUAUAUGAGAAUUUUGCGCUUGUUUUAGUGAAGGAUGAUACGUAAUUUUUAUAUAUUGCCUUAUAGAGAAGUUUAAAAAACGAACUUAUAGUGAAUACUAAAAUGGUUGCUUAAAAAACAAAAUACAAUCACCUUGAUGGCCACGCCUACAUAUUCGUUAGAGGCCAAUCUUCAAAGCUAAUUGAAUUAUGUCACUUGACAUUCGACCUUACAACUAGUACAAUACGAUUUACUUUAGCGAUUAUCAAGUGCCCAGUAACGAGACGUAGACGUGACUUGUUGAAAAAAGAAUCACUGUUUGUCAUUGUAAUGAAUCAACAAUUUUAGAAAUCUAUGAAAAUUACGUGUCUCCAAUGUUUAGUCGUCAAGAUCCCACCACUUAUCUAUAGACAUUUCAUUAUUUAAAAGUUACUGUUUUGUCUUUAGAUGUUGCAUAUUAUAAUUACAUAGUUACGUAAUUUUAAACCUACUUAUUUUGUUGUUUGUGUAUGUGCCUUGUGAAAAUAAUUGCUUAUGCACACAAAGCGUGACAUAUUUAAAAUAGAAUACAAUUUUUCACAUAA